AUGGCUAAACCACAAGUAUUAUUCAUCGGAGAACUCAACCGUACGCUCCCUGAAUUUAUCGACUUCCAAUCCAAGUAUGACUGUAUCUUCUACACCUUAACCACCAGGGAAGAAUUCAUCUCCAAACUUGAAACCGAUUUCAAAAAUAUCGUUGCCAUUUACGCCGCCUGGUUGGGAUUCUUGCCUAUCGGUGGAUUCCGAAGUGUCAUUGACCAUUCCCCAGCCAAUCUAAAAAUCAUAGCCUUGUGUUCAGUAGGGUAUGACCAUGAAGAUGCUGAUGUUUUAGCUAAACACGGCAUCACCAUGACCAAUGUGCCUUCCGACGGUGCUGCUGAACCAGUGGCUGAAUUGGUUUUGGUUAAUGCCAUAACUAGUUUCAGACAAUUCCACUUGUAUUCUCAAUUCCGUAAUGUUAAGAACACCUUGAAAAUUAGAUACCAACAUUCCGCAGGUGAAUUUGAUAAAACUACAGGUAAGCCUACCAGUUUAAGUGAUUCCAAUGGAUACUAUUUUGGACACUAUAUCAAUAAUCGUGGAUGUUUGUCGCCUCGUGGACAUAAUGUUGCCAUCGUUGGGUUUGGGAAUAUUGGACAAUGUAUAGGGAAAAAGUUGAGUGACGCUGGUAUGAAUGUUACUUACAUCAAGCGAAACAAACUUUCUUCUGAGCAAGAAAAUAAAUUAGGGUAUAAAGUUACCUAUAAGGCCAAGAUUGAAGAUGCUACUGAUGCAGAUUUAGUAGUUAUUGCUUGUCCGGCUACACCAGAAACUUUCCAUUUAAUUAACAAAGAUGUUAUUGAUUCUAUGCAGAAACCAUUUAGAAUUGUGAAUAUUGGUAGAGGUACUCUGAUAGAUGAACAAGCUUUAGUUGAUGGGUUGAAAUCAGGCAAGGUAUUAUUUGCAGGAUUGGAUGUAUUUGAAGAAGAGCCAAAGGUUCAUGAAGAAUUGUUGAAUCGUGAGGAUGUAGUUUUAACCCCACAUAUUGGUGCAGCAACAGUUGAAAAUUUCGAUUAUACUGCCACAAGAUCCUUACAAAAUAUUGAUGAUGUAAUUAACGGAGGGAACGGGUUAAGUAGAGUUAACUAG